CUGUUCUACUGAAGCAACAAGUGAAUAACCGUGAUGUCGGUUUCCAUUGACAACCAGUGUUGUUACAUCGAUCAUCAUUUUUUCCAGGCGGAGAUAAGUUUUUCAACGUGAGUGAUGGCCGAUUUGGACUAUCCCGAUAUCAAUCCGGAAAACGAGCUGGAAAAACGCAUCGCUGAUGCUUUUCUUAUAUUUGAUCAUCACGGCAAUAAGACGGUGGAUGUGCGGGAGGUCGGCACUAUUCUACGAUUCCUAGGCUGUGUACCAACGGAAGCGGAUGUCAAUGAAGUAAUUUCGGCGACCGAGUUCGAAGAUUCCAACGGAACGGUUCAUCUGUCCAAGUUUCUUCCUUACGUUAGCCAGCUGAUUGCUGAACAUAAAUUGGAACCGGCACCUCCGGAAAAGCUCCUUAAAGCAUUUCGUGUUUUGGAUCAGGAAGGGAAAGGUUUGGUUGAUCGUGAGUACAUGACUAAACUAAUCACAGAAGAAGGCGAACCGUUCACCUCGGAGGAACUAGAAGAAAUGAUGGCCGUUGCUGUCGAUAUGGCGACCGAUAAAAUACCUUACGAGAACUACUUGAACCAAUUAUUGGUAAGAUUGAUGUUGUAUUCGUAGUAAGAAGAUUACGUUUCUAUUUACUGAAAUAGCAUGAACCGCAAGAUUCUAUCUACUAUUUGGCUGACCAACUGAAAAAUCAAAUCAAGCGAAAAACUAUUUUCAAAUUUUACAGAAGAUAACCUAUACCUAUCUAUUUUCCUCCUAACAGGUCGACUUCUAAGAUUUCUGUAAUACGGUCUACUUAUAUACUUUUUUGAAAUCUUGCAAA